AUGUGGGAGGAUCUCCUCGACAAAGCUAAAGAAGGCGGCUUGAAUGCAAUCCAAACUUAUGUAUUUUGGAACGUUCAUGAGCCGACUAAGGGACAGUAUAAUUUCACGGACAGUAAUGAUUUGGUGAAAUUCAUCAAGUUAGUAGGCGAAAAGGGCAUGUGGGCAAUCCUUAGGGUUGGGCCAUUCAUCCAAGCUGAAUGGAAUCAUGGUGGACUUCCAUACUGGCUAAGAGAGGAGCCUAACAUCACAUACCGAACAGAUAAUCCUGCAUACAAGGUGAAUAUGGAGAGAUGGGUCACCAAGGUGGUUAACCUAAUGAGGGAUAACAAAUUAUAUGCUCCACAAGGAGGUCCAAUUAUCAUGUCUCAGAUUGAGAAUGAAUACGAUCAUGUAAGAGACGCUUUCAAUGAUGCGGCGGAGAGAUACAUCAAAUGGGCAGGAACUAUGGCUGUUGGCCUAAAAACUGAUGUUCCAUGGAUCAUGUGCAAAUCUAAAGAUGCCCCCAGUGAAGUGAUCAAUGCAUGCAAUGGUAGGCAUUGUGGAGAUACAUUCAAAGGUCCAAAUACUCCCGGAAAACCAUCUUUGUGGACUGAGAAUUGGACUGCUCAGUAUAGAGUUUUCGGAGAUGCUCCUUCUCAACGAGCAGCUGAAGAUAUUGCCUUCUCAGUAGCUCGUUGGUUCGGAAAGAAUGGAAGCCAUGUCAACUAUUACAUGUAUUAUGGUGGUACAAAUUAUGGGAGAACUGCUGCCUCAUUUGUGACCACGCGUUACUAUGAUGAAGCUCCAAUUGAUGAAUUCGGUCUUGUAAGAGAUCCAAAGUGGGGUCAUUUGAAACAUUUGCACCAAGCUAUAUUGCUAGCCAAGAAACCCAUCCUGGAAGGGACUUAUCGUAUCCAAAAGAAUGGUGCCGAUUUUGAGGCAAAUUUCUAUGAAAAGGGAGACCUUUGUGCUGCUUUUCUAUGGAACAACCACACUCAUGAAACAAAAACAAUGAGAUUUAGAGGCAAAGAGCAUCAAGUUCCACCUAGGUCCAUCAGCAUCCUCCCAGAUUGCAAGACUCUUGUCUAUAAUACUGACUAUAUGGUAUCUCAACACAGUGCAAGAGAGUUUGUAAGGUCGGAGAAAGCUCAUGCGAAUCUGAAAUGGGAGAAAACAACAGAGACUCUACCAGGUCCAGGCAAAGGCAUCUUCUCCAGGGAACCAAAAGAGCAAUACGUUACUACCAAAGACCAAAGUGACUAUCUAUGGUAUAGAACCAGUAUAGAUUUAGACAGUUCGGAUUUACCCUUCAAAAAAUCAUUCCGACCCGUUCUACAGGUUCUGAGUCUCGGCCACGCUUUGCUCGCCUAUGUCAACGGGGAGUAUGUUGGAACUGCUCAUGGAGUAAAGAGAGAAUACAACUUCCCAUUCUCAGUUGCUGUAAGAUUGAAGGAAGGAUUAAACAAUAUCUCUGUAUUGGGUUGCACAGUUGGAAUGCCGGAUAGUGGAAGUUAUAUGGAGCGUAGGUACACAGGGAUCAGAACAGUGGAGCUAUUAGGUCUUGGUACCGGGAACCUUGAUAUCAGUUUCAACGGCUGGCAUCACACGGUUGGUAUGGAAGGAGAGAAGCUCAAGUACUUCACUGAGGAUGGUGCAAAGAAGGUCAAAUGGUCGACCGCUGAAAAAGGACCUGGGGCGCCUCUUACUUGGUAUAAGGCCUACUUUGAUGAGCCAGAUGGAGAUGGACCAUUGAGUCUUCGGAUGCUAAACAUGACCAAGGGAAUGAUGUGGAUCAAUGGCCAAAGCCUUGGGCGUUACUGGUCGUCAUAUCUAUCAGUAAUCGAAGAACCUUCCCAGGACGAGUACCACCUCCCAAGAUCAUUUUUGAAGUCUAAGGAUAACUUGUUGGUUAUUUUCGAUGAGGCCGGAGGAGACAUUAACACAGUUCAAAUAGAAACAGUAAACAGAGAUAGUAUUUGUAGCAUAAUAGAUGAGGACUGGCCAGCUGAUGUGUGGUCUUGGAAGAGAAAAGGAAAUGAAAUUGUGCCUGAAGGUGACACCCCACAAGUUAAGGCAUCACUUAAGUGCCCAAAGGACAAGGUCAUCAACCGUGUAGAGUUUGCUAGUUUUGGCAACCCUAUUGGUGUUUGUGGAUUUUAUCUUCUUGGCAAUUGCACCUCUCCUAAUAGCGUUAAAAUCGUUGAACAGAAUUGUUUGGGAAAAGAGAGUUGCACAAUACCUGUUGAUAGGAAACUCUUCGACAAGGAUAAAGAUCCUUGCUCAAAUAUCAACCCGAAAACCUUGGCUGUGCAACUUAGAUGUGGCCGCAAAGAAUAAAAUCUUUUUCUCCUUUUUGUUCUUAUGAAUGGAUGUGGUCUAUGAGUGCAAUGCUAUUCUGAUAUUUCUCUUUGUUUUCUAGAAACUAAACGUGGUAGAAUACUUGUACUAUAAUAUAAGUACGUAUGUAUUAGGUAGGAAGUUUCGAAACCGUUAAAAGCCAACUCGGUGAGGUAGAGCUUGGCAUGUCUCCCAAUCAAAUGUAAUCUAGACUGAUUGGAGCCUAGAAAUUUUUUGGAAGUAAUUCGAGAGCAUUGAUUGAUUGUACAAUCUUUAGGAG